GUUUUUGUGUAGACAUAAGCUUUUAACUCAAUUGGGUAAAUACCAAGGCAUGUGGUUGCUGGGAGAUACAGUAAGACUUAUUUUCAGCUUUUUUAAGAAACUGUCACUUUCUUCCAAAGUGGCUGUACCAAUUUGCAUUUGCAACAACGAGUGAGAAUUCCUGGGCUCCACAUGCUCAUCAUUCGGUAUUGUUUUCGAUUUUAACCAUUCUAAUAUGUAAUGGUAACUCAUUGUUUCAAAUUUACAGUUCCCCAAUGACCUAUAAUGUUGAGCAUCAUUUCCUAUGCUUAUUUGCCAUUUGUAUGAUGAGGUGUCUAUUCAUAUCUUUUGCCCAUUUUCUCACUUGGUUGUUGCUUUUCUUAUUGUUGAGUUUCUAGUAUAUUUUGAUUAACAGUCCUUUCUCUUGUCAUAUGUAUAUUUUUUAAUAUGCAAUCCUGCUGUGUAUAAUUUGCUUUUUAAUAUAACAGUAUAGCAAGUAUUGCCCAUUUUGCUUGAAGCUUCCCAAUUACCACUUUAAAAGGGUGCAAAAUAAAUACCACACUUCUUCCUGUAAAGCCCUACAGAGAUUUUUUUAUUAUAUCCACUUUACAUGUAAAGGGAGCUACGAAAAUGGUAAGCUGCCUUAGGUUCUAGCGCUGCCAGCUGGCAGAGCUCAGAAUUUCGUCAGGUAAUCCAGUGCUUUUCGCUCUUCCAAACUGCCUCUGCCCGCAGCGUAAGUUGCUAUGACUAAGUGGCAUUUCCUCCUUUCUUCGGGCCUCCCAAAUGGCUUUACAACAGGGUGAAGCCGCGAUCCGUUGUCCGACAGGCUCCUGUACUUAACUGCGCUCAGCACUUUCGGCGGCGGGCGGGAACUGCCGCACUCCUCCCUGGCCGCGGGGCGGAGCCGGGGCGAGCGGGCCACGCCCGCGACCGCUCACUGCACUGCGCAGACGGCGCGGACACCGGACCUGGCUUCCCGAGCGGGGCGGCGGCACAUUUUGACGUGCCCGAGGGCGCUGUCGGGCGGUGAGGGGGCGCUGACACCGCGGCAGGACGCCUACGGACGCAGGACCAGCGGAGCAGGGCGCGGUGAGCGCGGAGCGGGGCAGCCCCGCAGCGGCCCGUGUGCAGCUCUGAGUUGGGGAAAGUGGUGUGUUUUGGGGCAUUCUGAGCAUUCAGAAGGAAAGCGGACAUGUCUUUGGAUGACGUUAAGAUGAAAUCUGGUGAUUUCCUGGAGAAGGAGCACCUCGACAGCGGGAGCUUUGGAAAGGUGUCUCUGUGCUUACACAGAUCCCAUGGGCUCGUGAUCCUGAGAAAGGUGUACACUGGGCCCAAGCGCAACGAGUACAAUGAAUCCCUCCUGGAGGAGGGCAAGAUUAUGCACAGGCUAAGACACAGUCGGGUGGUAAAGCUCCUGGGCUUCAUCCUAGAAGAAGGAAACUACUGUCUGGUGAUGGAGUACAUGGAAAAGGGCAACCUGAUGCAAGUGCUGGAAGCCGAGAUCAGUAUCCCCCUUUCUGUAAAAGGGAGGAUAAUUAUGGAGACCAUUGAAGGAAUGUGCUACUUACAUGGAGAAGGUAUAAUACACAAGGACCUGAAGCCUCAAAAUAUACUCGUUGAUGAUGACUUUCACAUUAAGAUAGCUGAUCUUGGUGUUACUUCCUUUAAGACGUGGAAUAAACUGACCAAGGAGGAACACAAUGAGCAGAGGAAAAUCAACAGUACCUUUAAGGAGAAUGGCUGCACCCUCCAUUACAUGGCCCCCGAGCAUCUGAAUGAUGUCAAUGCAAAGCCCUCAAAGAAAUCAGAUGUGUACAGCUUUGCCAUAGUACUUUGGGCAAUAUUUGCAAAUAAGGAGCCAUAUGAAAAUGCCAUCUGUGAGCAUCAGUUGAUGAUAUGCAUUAAGUCUGGGAACAGGCCAGAUGUGGACGACAUCACUGAGUACUGCCCGAGGGAGAUUAUCAGCAUCAUGAAGCAAUGCUGGGAGGCGAAUCCAGAACUUCGGCCAACAUUUGCUGGCAUUGAAGAAAAAUUUAGGCCUUUCUAUGAAAAUCAAUUAGAAGAAAUAGUAGAAAAGGAUGUGACAAGCUUAAAGAAAGAAUAUCCAAAUGAAAAUGCAAUUGUGAAGAGAAUGCAGUCUCUCCAAAUUGAUUGUGUAGCAAUACCUCCAAGCAGGUCACAUUCAGCCACAGAACAGCCCAGUUCACUGCACAGUUCACAGGGACUAGGUGUAGGGCCCGUGGAGGAGUCCUGGUUCGCUCCCUACACUGAGGACCAGCAGGAGGAGAAUGAGCUUGCCCUGCGGAGCAAACUCCAGGAGGAAGCCAACUACCAUCUUUUUGGUAGCCGCAUGGACAGGCAGACAAAACAGCAGCCCAAGUGGAACAUGGCUUACAAUAGAGAGGAGGAAAGGCGACGAAGGGUCUCCCAUGACCCUUUUGCACAGCAGAGACCUUAUGAGAAUGUUCAGAACCCAGGAGUAAAAGGCCUUCAUUAUUCCUGUGCAGCCAGUCCUGGAAAUGUAGUGCACCAAUCAGUAGGGCUAACCAGCCAACCCCAAGCACCAUACUGGAACAACGGAUCAACAUACAGUCGACUCGGUUUUGGAACAAGACCACUGGAUCUGGGAACAGCAGGAUCAAGAGUUUGGUAUGGGCCAAACCCAAGCCACAUGCCAAGUCUGAAUAAAAUUUCAGUGCCUGACCUGGUGGGAAACACACCCACCAUUCCAUUCAGCUCCUUGCCAUCAAGAGACGAGUCUACAAAAUAUACCAUAUACAAUAGUACUGGCAUUCAGAUUGGAGACCGUAAUUAUAUGGAGAUUGGCGGAAUGAGUUCACCAUCGCUGGACAGUAAUAUAUACACAAACUUGAAAGAAGAGCCAGCUUCUAAGUACCUAGAUAUCUUUGAUAAUCCUACUAGUCUGAUGGAUAAACACCUGGACCCAGUCAGGGAAAAUCUGGGAAAGCAAUGGAAAAACUGUGCCCGUAAGCUGGGCUUCACUGAAUCUCAGAUUGAUGAAAUUGACCAUGACUAUGAGCGUGAUGGACUGAAAGAAAAGGUUUACCAGAUGCUCCAAAAGUGGCUGAUGAGGGAAGGCAGCAAGGGGGCCACAGUGGGAAAGCUGGCCUGUGCACUCUACCAGUGUUCAAGGAUAGACCUUCUGAGCUAUUUGAUACACAUCAGCCAGAACUAACUCCACAAGAGACUUUGGCAGCAGGAAGUAAUCUCAGAGUGAGCAACCGCAAACAGCCCACUAAGCAGGAGACCUGUUCAUGGCCAAGGCCCAAUCAGAACAGAAGCCUAAUUGGAUUUUGAAAAGGAGACAAGAGAUACUUCAUGAGCAUUGUUUCCUGUCAGUUCAUUCCAUAACUUCCAAUUAUGCUCUUCAUCUCAUUUUGUUAGAUAGAGCAAGGGAAAAAAAAAUUCAUAGAAUGUAAACUAAAUCAAUUUUCUUACGUUGUGCUCUCUUUUCUAUAUAGACUUUUGUUUUAACCAGUGUACAGGAAAAUUCUAAGUUCUCCUCAUAUAGGCGUUUUGGUAUCACAAGCACAGUUCGUUCCAAAAUUAUAGUGUCUGUUAGCUUCAGGAUCAAAUAUUGUAUCAGUCACUACAGGCUUCAAGAAUUGCGUUUAAUUUCUACUCUGUAAAGUAACCGAAGGGAUUUUAAGGAGGACUAAGAAGCAGGGGGAAAAAAAGAACAAAAAUAUUACAAUUUUCCAGGCAGUUGUUGUAAGGAAUUGCCACUCAUUUUGACAACUACAAAAAUUCUUAAGUUUUUAAGUUCUUUCCAGUACUCUGAUGCAUUAUGUAGUUUUCCAACCUGUGUGCCUGGAAGAGGGGUCAUGUAUGCGGGGCAUAUUGAUUUCUUCACCCCUGGCUAUAACUGGAGCCUCCAAGCUUCCUCAAUUUACCCCAGAAUACCAUCAUUUUUUUCUGUGAGCUUUGAUGUAAAAAAAGGAGUCUGGUAAUUAUGCCUCUAGCACACAUCCUUUCAAAGCCCACCUGAAACUCAGGAAUACAAGACUAGAAGUGGACCGCCCAGCAUCACUGCCAGCACUUUGCUAAACAGAGAGGGUCUGCCAUUAUGCUUAGCCCUGUGAGGAGGGAGGGAGGAAGGGGUGCGGGAUGGUCAGGCUAGUUUUCAUAAAGAGGAAUUUCUCAAUGUCAGCAUUACUGGCAUCUUGGGCCCAAUAAUUCUUUGUUGGGGGGGUGAGGGGGUGCUGUCCAUUCAUUUAGGAUGUUUGGAAGCAACCCUCGUCUUUGCCCACUAGAUGCCAAUACCACUGUUCUCGCCCUCCUCCCAUCGCCAGCUGUGACAGACAAACACGUCUCUAGAAAUUGCCAGAUAUUUCCUGAAAGUGCAUAAUUACCCCAGUUGAGAAGAGCACUGCCAUAAGUAAUGAACCUUGGUUCUCUUAUCUACACAUAGCCAGGCUCACCAUUUGGUUGCCACACAGCAUUAAAUCAUACAGACCAAAAGGAAAAUUGGAGAGAGAAGCAUCCCAGGCUUUGCUAGAAGAGGCUAGAUGAUUUCUUUUCUAAAUGUAUCUCCUAGACUGACGAAAAUUAGGCUUGGGGUGGAUUAAUGAUUGUGCAUUGAGCAUUGACCCCCCUAUACAGAAUUUUAUUAUUGUUAACAACCAUUUGAUCAAUAAAUAUGAGAGAUGCCCUCACACACACACACACACACACACAAAUAUAUAUAUAUACACACACACACACACUUCCAACCGGGAUGUAAUGUAUAGCAUAAGGAAUAUAGUCAAAAUAUUGUAACAAGUUGGUAUGGUGAUAGCUGGUACCUAGAAUUAUCAUUGUAUAUAAAUGUUGAAUCACUGUGUUGUACACCUGAAACUAAUGUAAUACUGUGUGUCAACUACCCUUCAAUAAAAAAUAAUUAUCUAAAAAAUAAAUAAAUAAAAUUAAUGUAUCUCCUAAACCUCUAUCCUAACAGUGUACUGAAUUCUGAAGAGAUUGAACAAUCAAUGUUAAAAGGUAAAAAAAUGAAAGGUUUUUGUAGUAAUAAAAUAUAAAAUCCUGUACUAAGCCAUUGAAAUGAUUUGUGUGUUUGUAUGUAUGAAAUAGUUUAGGAUUCUACUCUGUGGCUUUACCACUUAGGUUGGCAUUUUCUGUACACAUUCCUCUUCAGCCUCCUGCUAUUGGCAGGAGAGACGAAGCUGAUGGUAAAAAGAGGAGGACCUGUGUGGACAGUGUGUUUCAGCUCUCAGGAUGAAAACUCUCUGCCCUGUGGGCCUGCAGCACUGCAGUCCUUCAAACAUGGCUCAGAGGCUUUUCCUUUAGCCCCUACUCCCUAAAAACUAGGCUGAAAAGAGCCAAAUUUGUCUCUGAGGAGUUUUAAUACAAGGCCCAAGCACCAUAAAAACACUAGUCUUGAGCAGAAACCAAUUGAGAUUAACA